AUGAAUUAUAUAUCGAAAAAAUUUAAUCCUGCUCGAAGAAAGGCUGCUCAAGCAUUGAAGGCAGGUCAAUACGCAGAGGCAAUUAAAUAUUAUAAUGGACUUAUUGAAAACAGCCCUGAUAGUUCUAUGAGAUGUGAUCGUGGAGAAGCAUAUUUAUUUUUAAAUGAAUAUGAAAAGGCAAAAGAAGAUUUUGAUAUUUACAUUAAUAAAAAACCAGAUGAUGAACGUGGAUAUUAUCUUAGAGGAAUUGCUAAUGAUAAAUUAAAUCUUCGAGGGGAUGCAUUAAGUGAUUUAAGUAGAGCACUCAGAAUUAAAGAUGAUAAUCCUUUGGCUCUUGAAGCUUUAAAAAUUUGUGCAAGGCAUAAUUAUGAACUUGGAAAUCGUGAUAAAGCAUUUAAAGAACUUAAUUCAAUUUUACAAUUAUCAGCAAAUGAUACAUGGGCUUUGGAAAUUCGAGGAAAAAUGUACUAUGAUAAUAAACAAUAUCAAGAAGCGUUAAAAGAUUUUAAUUCGUUUUUAGUCAUUCAACCAACUAAUGUUAAUAUCUUAGAAUUAAGAGGAACUAUAUACAGAAAGUUAAACAAUUCUAAAGAUGCCUUAACUGAUUAUACUCAAGCAUUGAGAUUAAACUCACAUGAUCCAAAUAUUUUAAUAAAACGUUCAAAGACUUAUCUUAUUCAAAAAAGAUACAGUUUGACAAAGACAUUGAAUGUCAAUCCAAAUGAUAUAAAUGCACUAUCCGAUCGAGGAAAAAAUUAUAUGGCUUUGAAUAAACGAAACGAAGCAAUGUCAGAUCUAAACAAGGUCUUGUCGAUAAAUCCAAAUCAUGUCCAAGCACUCUUAACACGCGCUAAGCUUUGCCGAAUGCAGGAAAUGUACCAUGAGGCAUUGAAUGAUUUAAGUCUUGCAAUUACAAUUGAACCAACGAAUCCAAAACUUUUAAAAAGUAGAGGAAAAAUUUAUACAAUGAUAAAUGAGUAUGAAAGAGCAAUCCAAGAUUUAAACAUAGCCAUCGGUAAAGAAAAACGACCAUCAUCAUUUGAAUAUCGAGGAAAGUCAUUUCUAAUGUUAGGAAGAUAUAAUGAAGCAAUCAGUGAUUUCACCGAAGCAUUAAACCUAAAUCCAAAAAAAUCAACAGAAAUUCAUAAAGAGCAAAAGAAUUAUGAAAAAGCUAUUGAGGUGUUAACAAACGGGUUAGAAAAUGCAUCAGGUGAAAAGAAUAUGGUUCAUUUGUAUGUGGUUAGAGGGGAUAUUAAUAGAUUGCGAAAAGAAUAUGUAGAAUCUUUAAAAGACCUGGACGAAGCAGAUUUAGAUGUUUCAUUACAGGAUGAUCCUAAGAACAUUUUUGCAUUGUGUGAACGUGGUGCAGUUUAUAGAGAUAAAGGAAAUUUUAAAGAUGCUUGGAAUGAUAUCGAAAAUGCUUUGAAAUUAUCAGAGGAAAAUGAAGAUUAUUUAGAGUAA